CCUGAACGUGACACUCCUACAAUCCACAUUACCAAAGCUCUCAACGUCCUCAAAAGUACAGCAUCUUUGUCGCAAACCUCACAAUAUUCUAUUUCAACCACCAAAAUGUCAAUUCGACACGUCGAAACUGCACCCAAGGCCUCUGACUUCACCCCGCUACAAGAGCACCAGGAACAGACACCGACAACUUUCUUCGGCGCAAAGCCAGUGACGUACGCGAAUUACUCAGGAGCCACACUCUCAGCGCCCCCUUCUCAAUUGCAAGAGGAUCCUGUAUUUGCCAAAUUCAGCACAACAACAGACGGCGACGACACCUUGAUCAAGGAUGUUGAUAUCUGGGUGACUUCAGAAUCUCUUAUUCUCUUCCAAACCUCCCCCACACCAACCGGCGCCGCCAUCUCUUACCCCACCAUCGCCCUCCACGCAACCAUGAAGUGGAGGUCCACAGUCGAAGCGCUCUACAUGAACCUCUCUCUCAACGACGCCGAGACCGUCAACGAUGAAGAAGACAUCCAGACCCUCGAACUUACCGUACUCCCGCCCAACUACGCAACCUCUCCAGAGAGCACAUGCAUCAAGGACAUCUUCAGCGCCAUGAACACAUGCGCGGACCUCCACCCAGAUCCUGAUGCUGAUGAGAAUGGAGAGGAUAUUGAGGAUGACCUGACGGCGCCGGGAGCUAGUGGGUGGAUUACGGCGGAGAAUAUGGAUCAGUAUGUGGAUGAGGAGGGGAACUUUAGUGGGAUGGUGAUUGGGGAGGACCUAGGGCCUGGUGCGGGGACCGUGAGGCAGAGGGAUGAUACCAAGGGAACGAAUGGGGUCAAUGGAGAUGAGACAAAAUGGAGCAGAACAGGCUAAAGCUGGCAGGGCAACGAAUGUUGAGGAGUAGACGCUGAUACCAAAAAGAUGUGACGACCAUAGGCUCGGAAGGCAAGGCCCCUGGGCAAUCGAACCGGGAUGUUCAACAAAAAGACCGUCAAGACGCGCUAGAUUUCGAUUCAGAUUUGGGCCUGAGUUAAUUGUAAACCCAGUACCGCAAAUCAUGGUUUCCAAGAGCGCAUCAGAAGCGCGACAAGCACAAGGUUGCAAGAUAACUUGUAAAUCGAACAAUUCGUAUCGGAAAACAUGUAGAAUGU